GCAAACGGGCAGAGUCCAGAGACCGAGUGUGACAGUGGAAGGCCCUAAGAAUUUUACAAGUCAGCAGCUACUAAAUAUUCAGCUGCAACAACCAUUUGAGUUCGCUGGACAAAUAUAUCCCAAAAUUCAAGUUAACAAUAUUUUUAUAAAAUUCAUAGCUAAUGGCUCAUAUCAUGGGGAUUAUAUUUCUCCGCUGGAGGCUCCUGUGGAAAGCACAAGUGGAAAUUUAACCUAUGAGCAGGACUCAAGCGGGCCUCUCAUAGACCAAGCUAACCAAGAAAUAAAGAGGAUGUUUCCUAAAGUUUCCUUUUCUGCUUCCUGGGUCUUUGUCUUAACUUGGAGAAAUGUAAUGCUGUAUAAGAACACAGGAGUUGCAUCAUGUCAACUCGUCUUGGCCUCAGAUGCUGGACGGCACUAUUUUGUCCUGAUGAACUAUGGGAACAUUCCUUUUUUUAACACUAGUAUAUUUUGGAGCGCCCGCUAUCACAUUGUGGACAAGGCUUUCACCAUUAGACUAAAUGAUUCCUCUGAACUGACUUCAACUAGUAAUGUCAAUAUCACUGGUCGCUGGGCUUUUCAUCUUACAGAUAAUACAACAGCAACACCAGACAUGACAACAACAGCAGCACCUCCAGCAUCCUGCCAGACCCUAAACUGUGCUUCAGAUGAAGUCUGUAGGCAGAUAAAUGGAGUUGAUGGCUGUGCCUGUGGUUACAAUACAACGAGCAGCCCGAAUAUUUAUGAUGCCAUUGAAACAUGCUCAGGUAGUACUGGAUCACUGUCUCUGUCUCGCUGUCAGCUCUUUGAAGCUGGAUAUUCUGCAGAUGUUCUCCACCUUAAUGACCCAAGUUGCAAAGGGGAGGUCCAAAAUAACAGGCUGGUCUUCAAAUAUGACAGUAAUGCCAGCCUGUGUGGUACAACUCUGGAGAAUAAUGGCACACAUGUCAUCUUCAAGAACAAUGUUGGGACAACUAAUAUGACAGGUUUGAUCAGUCACACUGGUGGGUUCAACAUUGCCAUUUCCUGUGUGUAUCCACUCAUCCAGAACAUCUCCAUGCCCACCCACAUUGAAGUCACAGGAAGUGAAAUUAGCAAAGAACUGUCUAUUCAAGGCACAUACCAAAUCCUCAUGAUACCAUAUACCGAUGCUACAUUCUUGGUUCCAUACUCUGGCAACGUUACCCUACAAGUGAACCAUCAGAUGUAUAUAGCAGUGCAAGUGGAUCAGUUUGACAGCACUCAGAUCGCUCUUGUGCUGGACAACUGCUGGGCCACACCAGUCAACCAGAUGGACUAUUCAAUCCGCUGGGACCUGAUUGUUAACAAGUGUCCGAAACCCAGUGACGGCUCGGUGUCCGUGUUGCAGAACGGUGUCUCCACAUCCAGCCGCUUCUCUUUCAGCAUGUUCACAUUUGCUAAUUUCUCCCCCAAGAUCUACCUGCACUGCCAGGUCCACCUCUGUUUGCAGAAGACAGGCAACUGUACACUGCCAUGCCUUCCAUAAAUUUUCAGAAGAUGCUGAUAUGUAGAUUUCUACUACUCAGUUGCAUUCAAGUUUGAAAAUGCUACCAUUUUAAUUUGUUAAUUCUGUUCUAUGUUUAUUCAUUAAUCACUGUUUUGAUUCAAUAAUGAUUAAAAAUAAUAUCAAAAUUCUUACUUUUUUUUAUCACAUCUUGUAAGUGAUUGUACUCCUCUGUACUGCCUUAAUCAGUCAAAAUAAAGC